AUGGUCGACCUAAAAGCUUCGGCCUUCGCAGGUCGAUGGCUGGCCAUCGCUACCCCCAUCGCAUUGGUGCAGAUCGUCAUUGGCGCUGCUGUCCAUGCUACAAAGCUCGUCGACACUACCACGCCACGCAUCAUCUUGCCUCUCUACAUCUAUCCUGAGGGUGAUGCCUGGAAUCCGUUGUUCACUGCCAUCAAGAACAAUCCUACCGCAGCUUUCACCAUCGUCAUCAACCCCGAUUCUGGCCCAGGUCAAGGCACCGAUCCCGGAGCUGAUUAUUCCGAUAACAUCAAAAAGCUGCGAGCCACCGCGGAUACUAACCAGAUCCUCGAGCUCGUUGGCUACGUCGCCACGGGGUACGGUGAUAAGGAUCCUGGGCUGGUCAAAAGUCAAGUCCUCCAAUAUCACAACUGGACAUCAGCCAUUCGUCCAGAUGGCAUCUUUUUCGACGAGACUAGUACAAGCUCAAAAUGGCUCAGCACCUACAGCGGUUACACCGAUUUCGUCAAAUCUCUGGACUGGGGUGUUGACACCUCUUCGGUCAAGAGUAUCACUGCAAUCGUCAAGCCGGUAGCUACCAGUACGAGAUCCACGUCGACCCCAAAGGCUGUGUCCACGUCCAAGCCCAAGUCGACCAAUAAGCCGACUUCCUCGCAGAAACCAAAGUCCACCAAAAAGGCAAGUACUUCCACCAAGAAGCCGAAAUCUACCAAAACAGCAAAAAAGCCGACCUCCAAGCGCAAGACAACAAACAAACACAAGCGCAGCAACCAAAACACCGCCAUCACCAUCCUCAACCCGGGAACCUGGCCCGAAGAUCCUAGAUUCUACUCCACCUCCGCCGACCACAUUGUCGUCUACGAAAGCCCACUUUCCAACUUUGACUAUGCAGAAUAUCAAAGCUUGACAGCAGGGAGCAACGCCGGUUCAGACUUCCAGCGCGCCUACAUUUUCAACGAGGUCGAUCCAAGAAAUAUCGCCACCAAGGAUGGAAAAAAGUUCGCCAGCAUCCAACAGCUCGUUGAUGGUACGAUUCACGGAUUGAAUUCAACAGGCGGAAUCUUUGUUUCUGACCUCGGGGAGCCACAGGUUUACACAGAGUUCUCGAAUGUUUGGCAGGAGUUUGUUACGGAUGUGGUUGCUGUCUCAACGUGA